CGAAUAAGAUCAGAGUUGAAAACUGAAACUAAACAAAAUAAAAAAUUCAAUGAAAUCUAAAUCAUUCAUGUUAUUGUUUUCCAAUCGGUAAUCAAUAUCCGUUCAAUAAUCGAAGAUCAAAACAGAUCCAGUGAAGAAAAUCGUUAAAUCAAUCGAUUCCACACCUAAUUUUGAUGUCCGAUUGACGUUACGAAACCCUAAUUGAUCGAAAAUUUGGGGAUUUUGUGUUUAUUGAAUCGAGAUCUGAUCAUUAAUCGAAGAUCAAUACAGGUCCAGUGAAGAAAACCUAGUAUUUGAUGUCCGAUUGAAGUUACGAAAGUUACGAAACCCUAAUUGACCGAAAAUUUGGGGGUUUUACGUUUAUUUAAUCGAAAUCUGAUCAAUAAUUGAAGAUCAAUACAGAUCUAGUGAAUAAAACCUAGAAUUUGAUGUCCGAUUGAAGUUACGAAAGUUAUGAAACGCUAAUUGAUCGAAAAUUUGGGGAUUUUGCGGUUGAUUGAAUCGAAUCGCUGUAUGAAAGGUACAGGAGGAGGAUAGGCGAUCAUAGACAGCAAAAAACAGAGCUGCGCACACAACAUGUCUGCGGUAGUGUGCGGGAAAAGAAAUUCGUUUUUCGAAGAUCAUACGAUACCUUCUUCUUCUUCUUCGUCGGCAUCGCCUCCUGCUUCUAAGAGAAUUCGUUGCUUUUCUUCGUCUUCACCUGUUCAGUUUUCGUCGUCUUCUAGGUUGUUAGCAGUUGAUCGGCUCGUUGCAUUGUUUCCUGAUAUGGAUAAACUGGUUAUUGAAAGAACCCUCAACCAAUGUGGUGAUGACAUAGAAACUACCAUCAAAAGUCUUACUGAGUUACGUUUGGUUUCUAAUGAGAAUGCUGGAACUGCUGUUGGAGAGGGAUCAGAGUAUCAAGUUCAAACUCACAGUGUGUCAGAUGUUGCAGCUAAUGGGGUGGCAAAUGGUGAGGCUGGGCCGUUUGAAAACUCACCACAUCAAAAACCUGUCGAUGGUGCAGAUUGGGUGGAUCUUUUUGUGAAAGAAAUGUUGAGUGCCUCCAACAUUGAUGAUGCUCGAACCCGUGCUUCAAGAGCACUUGAGAUGUUGGAGAAAUCUUUAUAUGAGCGUGUCACUACAGAGGCCCAUGGCCUUAAGCAGGAAAAUAUGAUGAUGAAAGAACAACUUCAAGCCCUAAUUCAGGAGAACUCCUUGUUGAAACGCGCGGUUGCAAUUCAACAUGAACGUCAAAAAGAAUUUGAGGACAGGGGCCAAGAGUUGCAUAACCUCAAGCAGAUGGUAUCUCAAUACCAGGAGCAGUUAAGAACUCUUGAGGUCAACAAUUAUUCUUUGACCAUGCAUCUGAAGCAGGCUCAACAAGGCAGCUCCAUGCCCGGGCGUUUCCACCCGGAUGUAUUUUAAUAAAAUACGACUCUCAUAUGGUUUACGAGGGAAUGGACAAAACAAUAUCUAGUUUUUAAAGAACGUGGAAGAUAACGACGAAAGAAGUAAUACGCUAUGAUAAUAAUUGGCUGAUACGAUACUUGAAUAAUUGUUAAAUUAAAAUGUAGUCCGAAUCGUUAACUGUCGAUGUUUUUCUUGUUUGUAUGUGUAACAAAGAGGGGACCAAAACGCCCAUGCUUAUUAUUAUUCCGUUAAAAGAAAGCAGAGUUUGCUCACAUGGUGCAUGUGAUGGGAUGGUCAUAGUGUUAUGUUUUUUCUCGUCUUCAUUUUAAUUUAUUUUACAAAAUGUAAUGAAUCAAAUGUUUGAAUUCGUAUUUCCUUGAUACCCUGAACUAGAGGAAAUAAGUUUAUUUUUAUUCACUAGGUGCUUUUAAUUGAAAAA